GAAGACGGGCUGGAGGGGAGACGAACGGUUUCGUGCUGGUUCUGGCUGGCUCAGGAAACAUUGGAGGAGGAGGAUAGGAAGGGAAUCGAAUACGAUACCUUCUCUUUUCCAUCUCUUCCCCAGUUUUCCUCCUUGGAGGAGGGCCUUGUUGUCUGUAGGCUGUAGCCUUGUUUGGGGUUGGAAGAGAGAGACCUCCUUCCCCCAACGAAUCCAAGCAUCUUUCCCUAGUUCCUCUGGGGUUGCCAUGCCAUUUUGGUAGGGGAUUGCCCUGCCAGCCUAAAAUCGCGACCUUUUUUAUUUGAUUGUUAUUUCUACUGCCAGUACUAGAAAAACCCCACCAACAGCGCAGCCGUGAUGCGAUGCGAUGCGAGAGGCAUCAUCCUGCUUCCAAUCCAAUCCCCCCUUGCGAGGGAUGUGAUAUCCUUGUAGAGGAGAGGAGAGGAGAGGAGAGGGGAGGGGAGGAGGAAAUCUUGCCGAUCUAAAAAGCAAGGGAAGCCGGGACUAGAAGGAGCGCGCCGCCGCUUGGACUCUCUCAACGACGCCGACGCCGACGCCGGCCAUGGCCAUGGCCAGGCACAAGCAGCGCCGGGUGUACCAAGCCUGGAGAGGCAACAACAUAAUCUUGUGUGGUGGAAGGUUGAUCUUUGGACCAGAUGCCAAGGCCACUCUCUUAUCUUUCGCUCUAAUCACAAUCCCUGUUGCUGUCUUCUGCGUCUUUGUGGCCAGGGAUCUCAUACGCAUAUUUCCUGCAUAUAAUGCAGGCUAUGCAAUUCUUGCUGUCACCAUAGGCCUUACAAUUUAUGUACUGUUACUGCUCUUCCUUACCUCAUCUCAAGAUCCAGGUAUUGUACCACGAAAUUCACACCCACCUGUGGAAGAGUUUUCUCAUGAUGCUUCAGCUCCACAUACUCUUCAGUUUCCUCGAGUAAAAGAGGUUAUGGUCAAUGAUGUGCCUGUGAAAGUGAAAUACUGUGAAACUUGCAUGAUAUACCGGCCUCCUCGCUGCUCCCACUGCUCCAAAUGUGAUAACUGUGUUGAGCGCUUUGAUCAUCACUGCCCUUGGGUUGGGCAGUGUAUUGGAGAGCGAAAUUACCGGUACUUCUUCUGUUUUGUUUCGUCAGCGGCAGUCCUGUGUAUUUAUGUAUGUGCAAUGUGUGGAUUGCACAUCAAGCUUCUCAUGAGUAGGGGUCAUCAUUCUUUGGUGAAGGCCAUUAAAGAAUCUCCAGCUUCAUUGGCAGUCAUGGCAUAUUGUUUCGUUUGCUUCUGGUUUGUCGGCGGUCUCACUGGGUUCCAUUCUUACCUUAUCGCGACAAACAAGACAACGUAUGAGAAUAUCAAGUACAAGUACAGCAACCAACCAAACGUGUAUGACCAUGGUUGUGUGCACAACUGUCAUGAGUUCUGGUGCUCAAAAAGGAAGCCUUCUAAGAUCAACCUACGAGCUAUUGUUCAAGAGGGAGAUGAGGUAGCGCAGCCACAGACCAGCUAUUCCAAUGUGCCAGAAGAUGAUGCACCUCAUCGACCACGAGCCAAGGUCGAGGAUGAUCUAGAAAUAGGUCUCGAUGUUCUGAAGUCCCCGAGGCGCCGAACAGAUGAACUUAGCGAUGAAGAAUUGGAGUCUGGAAGCAAUGGUGUUAAAUAUCGCACACCAGAUUCAGAUACUGACAUCCCUGUAACCAGAACUAAGACUCAGAUCUUCGGUGAAGUUAGGGAUCUGGAGUUGUCGGUUAGUAAUGCUGCAUUACCUUCAUCUCCUAAGCAGAAACAACACCCUGAUGAACUUUGUUGAUGGUUUACGAAUGUGCCUGUUCAUUAAAAGUUACUUACACCAACAGCUCGUUUAAGUUAUCCACCAGGGCUGUGAAUGAUUGGAUUUGAAGGCAUAUGUUCUCAUUUGCCAUCUGUUUUUAGGAUUUAGACAAUUGCUUGAUCAAUCAUAGGAUUGUGUGUAAAAAAAAAACCCCAGUUUCUGUAAGGUUUUAGAUGUUUCUAGGAAUUGUUUGAAAUUCUGCAGGAGUGUAUGAAGGCGAUCCAUAAUUGUACAUAAUUUUUAUAACGAUAUGGUCACUGAUAUGUAUAGUUAAUGGA